CGUUGUUUAAAUUUCCAAGUAUCCUGGCGUCCAGUCACAUCAACAGCCAGCGACAAUGUCUUCUACCGAUAAAUGCAAUUGGUUAACUGCAACGAAAUAAUUACUUGAUUGAAGAAAUUAGUCUUCUCGUGACAUUCGCUUAGUGAUGAACGUAGAUGGCGUCUCACACUGUUCAACAAAUGUUCAAAAUAACGGUCAUGCAUAGCGGGAAAAUUUUGGCGGUAAAUACCCACGCCAGUCAUAUGUUAUCUGUGAUAUCUGAAGUAAUAUUAUCUUUCCUCAAUAUAAAACGCUUGAUUCUUGUGUGUGAGGAGUAUAGUUACGAUUGUUCGUGCGACAACGUCGAUAUUAUUUCUCGAGUUUAAAUUAGAAUAGAGUUGAGUCUCAACGCAGCGGUCGAUUAUAUUUACAGGCAAGGCAGCUCUCAAAGCUUUGAUAAAAAUGUCUAGAUCAACUGAUAAGUUGUACAAGCGUCCCUUCACAGUAUGCAUCGAGGGCAAUAUAGGAAGUGGUAAAACAACAUUUCUAAGUUAUUUUAAGAAAUUUGACAAUGUUACUGUGUUGGAAGAACCAGUUGAACUCUGGCGCGAUGUAUCUGGAACAAAUCUUUUGGAAUUAAUGUAUAAAGAUCCAACUCGCUAUGCUUACUUAUUCCAAUCAUAUGUACAAUUGACCAUGCUUCAAUUACAUACUUGUAUGACACCUUCGCCGUUCAAAAUUAUGGAGAGGUCUGUUUAUAGUGCGAUGUGUUUUGUUGAGAAUCUGAAACGUAAUAAUCUGCUGAGCAAUACUGAAGUCUCUAUCUUAGAAGAAUGGUACAAUUGGAGCAUGAAGAGUGCGAAAAUAGAAACUGACUUGAUAGUAUAUUUGAAAACAACACCAGAGAUUGUAUAUGAAAGAAUGAAGAAGCGAGGACGGAAAGAAGAAAACACAGUAUCAUUAGAAUAUCUAAAGCAAAUUCAUCAACUUCACGAUGAGUGGUUGUAUCAUCAGACACUGAAGCCAGUGCCAGCACCGAUCAUAACCAUAAACGGUGACCGAGAACUCCACGAAAUGGUAGAAGAAUUUGAGAAGUGUAAAAAUCAGAUUUUCAAUAGAAUAGUAAAUGAUAAUGAUGCGAGUAAUAUGAUGAUCACAACAGUACCAACAAAUUGCAUAAUACCUGAAAUUAAAGCUGGAAUGUCAGACUAAAAUGCAAACAGAAAGAUAGAUUCGCCAGAAAGCAAAAUAUAAUUUACAUACAAAUGCGAUACAGAUGAAAAUUCAGUAAAUAUUUUAUAUGAUAUAUAUGUGCACUUAAUUAUUAUACAAAAUUUUAAAUGUUUAAUAUUUGGUUGUGCUUGAUUACAUUUCUCAUUGUUGCAUCACUGUUGUUCCUUAUGUUAAAUUCAUAUAAUAAUAUAUUACUCCCUUGAUUAAAUUAUUUAAAUGUGAAAAGAAAAGAGUUUGACAAUUGACAAUUGGAUAUAUAAAAGAAGUUUAGGAUUUAUUAAAAUGUAAUCAUAAAUAACUAGUACCGUUGUUUUGAAAAUUACAAUUCUAUCAAUGUCAAUAUUAAUAUGCAUUUAAAAAUCAUUUCCACUAAAUGUAGUUUUUCUUUUAAUAAUGACAAGUACAAAGUAAUAUUAGUAUUAGCUAUUUUUGCAUAUUAUCAAUUCGGAGAAAUUACGUGAAUUAAGAAUAAGAGAAAACGAUAAAUUAUCUAAUGCGGAAAAUUAAUGCGAUUCUGUAAAGAACAGAAACAUCGUUAAAAUACUAUAUGUAACUAGACAUCUUUUAUCAUUUGUAAUCUCUUUUGUUUGUGAAACUUGA